GACUUCGGCUAAUAAGGGAACACCUGAGGAAAUCCGGAGGAGGCGUGGCUUCGAGCUUCACGCGCUUCAGUUUGGGACACAGAUACAGUGGUCUGUGUUUGCUUCCACUAGCUGCUCGUGAAACGGAAGUUUAGCACAUUAGAAGUAAGGACGUCCUCGUAUUUACUUCCGCAUUGAAAAAUAAAUUGCGUAGGUGUGUGUUCGUUGAAUGACCUCAAAGUACCGCGAGAGCGAAAGUAAAGAGAACACGGAACCGUCAGUCGAUCUCGCGAUACUUUGAUAUAACAUCAAAGUACCUUUGUACACCUUGUACUUUACGUGUGACGCUUACACCUGAUCGUUUUUUCUGAUCGAAAAACCUUAUCAUUAACCUAAACGUACUUAUUAAUGUUUAUGCGGGGACAUACAUGAACAUGAAGAGAAAACAAAUACAUUUUGAGAAGUUGUCUAGAAACUGAACAUUUUGAUCAAAGCAAGUCUUCAGCUGUGGAGCAGAAAGACAUUUCCUUAUUCAUAGUCAGUGUUGAAGAUCAAACUGUUCAGAUCCAUCAUGAAUGAAACACAAACAUCUGGAGAUGAAGAGUAUUCUCCAGCCUGCAGCUCAGUUAAUCAGAAGACAUCAGAAACAGAGCCCAGCUGUGUGUCUAUGAAGAGUGACAGGUCUAUGGAUCAGCCAAUAACAUUUAAGAGUGAAGAUUCACAGCCUGGACUCUGUUCAGUUCAUCAGAAGAGAUCAGAAGCAGAGUCCAGCUGUGUGUCUAUGAAGAGAGAGACAUCUGUGAUUCAGUCUUUAGAUUUUAAGAGAGGAGAUACACGGCCUGUUCUGAGUCAUGAAGUCCUCGACACAUUUAGAUCAAAUCUGCAGAAGAAGUUUGAGUGUCUGUGUGAGGGAACAGCGACGCAGAGAAACCCAACACUGCUGAAUGAGAUCUACACAGAGCUCUACAUCACAGAGAGUGAGAGAGGAGAGAUCAAUAAUGAGCAUGAGGUGAGACAGAUUGAGACACAAUCCAGGAGAGAAGCAACAGAGGACACAGCCAUCAAAUGCAGUGACAUCUUCAGACCUUUACCUGGACGAGAAAAAGACAUCAGAACUGUGCUGACAAAGGGAGUUGCUGGCAUUGGAAAAACAGUCUCUGUGCAGAAGUUCAUUCUGGACUGGGCCGAAGGGAAAGAGAAUCAGGACGUCCAGCUCAUAUUUCCACUUCCUUUCAGAGAAAUCAACUUGAUGAAGGACAAAACAUUCAGUCUUUUAGAUGUUCUUCACCUCUUUUUCCCUGAAACUAAAGAAAUAGAAAUAUCCAGUGAUGAAUAUAAAGUGUUGUUCAUCUUUGAUGGUCUGGAUGAGUGCCGUCUGUCUCUGGACUUUAAGAGUAAAGUGAAUCUGUGUAAUAUAUCUGAGUCAGCCUCAGUGGAUGUGCUGCUGAUGAACCUGAUUGUGGGGAAUCUGCUUCCCUCUGCUCUCAUCUGGAUCACCUCCAGACCAGCAGCAGCUGAUCUCGUCCCCUCUGAGUGUGUCCAUCGAGUGACAGAGGUACGAGGCUUCAAUGAGCCACAGAAGGAGGAAUACUUCAGGAAGAGGAUCAGUGAUCAUAGUCUGGCCGACAGGAUCAUCUCACACCUAAAGUCCUCCAGGAGCCUCUUCAUCAUGUGUCACAUCCCAGUCUUCUGCUGGAUCUCAGCUGCUGUUCUUGAGAAGAUCUUGAGUCGAGCAGAGACUGGAGAGAUUCCCAAGACUCUCACUCAAAUGUACACACACUUCCUGAUCCUUCAGACCAACAUCAAACAUGAGAAGGACUAUGAGAAGAACCUGACAGAUGAAGACAUGAUCCUCAAACUGGGGAAACUGGCUUUUCAGCAGCUUGUGAAAGGAAACCUGAUCUUCUAUGAAGAAGACCUGAGAGAGUGUGACAUUGAUGAGACAGAAGCAUCAGUUUACUCAGGACUGUGCACUCAGAUCUUCAGAGAGGAGCUGGGCUUGUUUCAGGGGAAAGUCUUCUGCUUCGUUCAUCUGAGUCUUCAGGAACAUCUAGCAGCUCUAUAUGCACACCUAUCCUUUACAAUAAAGAAGAUAAAUGUGUUUGACCAAAUCCAACAAAAUUCUUUCUUUAAUGUCUUCUUUCAUGAAAUUAGACCAUUAUCUGAGCUGCAUCAGAGAGCUGUGGAUGAGGCUCUGCAGAGUAAGAAUGGACACCUGGAUCUUUUCCUGCGGUUUCUUCUGGGUCUCUCAGUGGAAUCCAAUCAGACUCUCUUAAGAAAACUACUGACACAGACAGGAAGCUGCUCCUACAACAAAGAGGAAACAGUUCGGUUCAUCAAAGAGGAGAUUAGGAAGAAUCACUCUUCAGAGAAAUACAUCAAUCUGUUUCACUGUCUGAAUGAACUGGGUGAUGAUUCACUGAUGCAGGAGAUCCAGGGUUAUCUGAAAUCUGGAAAAAUAAGAGAAGUCUAUCUCUCCUCUUCACAGUGGUCAGCUCUGGUUUAUGUGUUGCUGACAUCAGAGCAGAAGAUGGAUGUUUUUGAUCUAAAAGAGUUUAUUGGAAAACAUAUAGGAGAUGAAGUUCUUCAGUAUCUGUUACCUGUGGUUAAAGAAUCCAGAUCAGUUCGGCUAUGUGGAUGCAAACUCACUGCUCAGUCUUGUGAAAGUUUGUCUUCAGUUUUACAAUCCUCAAACUCAAACAUCCUGAGAGAGCUGGACCUGAGUAACAAUGACCUGCAGGAUUCUGGAGUGAAGCUGCUCUCUGAAGGACUGAAGAGUCCAAACUGUCAUCUGGAGAUUCUGAGGCUAUGUGGAUGCAAACUCACUGCUCAGUCUUGUGAAAGUUUGUCUUCAGUUUUACAAUCCUCAAACAUCCUGAGAGAGCUGGACCUGAGUAACAAUGACCUGCAGGAUUCUGGAGUGAAGCUGCUUUCUGAAGGACUGAAGAGUCCAAACUGUCAUCUGGAGAUUCUGAGGGUCCACCCACCGGCCGGAAUCCAGUGGCUGGUCGAAGGCUGGAUGCAUGAGUGUUUUUUCACACUGGAUCCAAACACAGCACACACUGAACUCAUUCUGUCUGAGGAGAACAGAGAGGUGAAGUGUGUGUCUCAGUCUCAGUCGUAUCCUGAUCAUCCGGACAGAUUUGAUGGUGUGUAUCCUCAGAUGUUGUGUAGAGAGAGUGUGUGUGGACGCUGUUACUGGGAGACUGAGUGGAGUGGAGGUGUGUUUAUAUCAGUGUCUUAUAAGAACAUCAGGAGGAAGGGUGAAGAGUGUGUGUUUGGAAAUAAUGAUCAGUCCUGGAGUUUGAUCUGCUCUCCUGACAGAUACUCAUUCAGACACAAUAAGAUAGAGACUGAUCUCUCUGUGAAGCCCAUCAUCAUCAGAAGAAGAAGAACAGGAGAGUAUAAAGAUAUCUCUAGAGUAGGAGUGCAUGUGGAUGAGAGCGCAGGAACUCUGUCCUUCUUCAGCGUCUCUGACACAAUGAGACUCAUCCACACAGUCCAGACCACAUUCACUCAGACACUCUGUCCUGGGUUUGGUUUUUAUUUUCAUGGUUACAUCAGCCACGUGCACGUUGAAGUCCCCCAGCAGGACGACAGAGUCCCAGGUCAGAAAACUUUCCAGCAGCCCUUCUAG